AUGCAAGUUUUUUUGUUGUUGUAUAGGCACAGAUGGACGGGUAGAUUUGAAGCGAAUCUAUGGGAUCACAAUAGUAAGCUAGAGGGUCGUGUCAGGAAAGGGCGUCAAGGUGGCUAUGACAGUGAAGAAAAUGCAGCAAGGGCUUAUGAUUUGGCAGCAUUGAAGUACUGGGGACAAACAACUACCACAAACUUUCCUGUUUCCGAUUAUGCAAAGGAAAUAGAGGAGAUGAAACAUGAAGGAAAGCGAGAAUAUAUUACUUCUCUGAGAAGGAAAAACAAUGGUUUUUCUAGGGGGACUUCAAAAUAUAGAGGUGUUACAAGACACCGCCAAAGUGGUAAAUGGCAAGCAAGAAUUGGUCGAGUGGCUGAAAACAAAGAUUGA